AUGAGAAAGAACUAUAUAAAAAAAGGAGAUAAUAAAUAUGAACAAAAUAACCAUGGGGUUAAUAAUAUUAGUGAAAAAAAAAGGAACAGCCAUGUUAAUAACAAUAUAAGAAUAGAAAAUGAAGAAAAAAGUAAUAUUAAUGAUAAAGUAUUAGGAAUCGAACAAAAUAAUAUAUGUCGUAGAAAAUCCUAUUCAGAUGUUUCUGAAAGAACAAAAAAUAAGAAUAAUGAAAUAUCGAUAAUAAGAACAAGACGUAUGACAAUAGGUAAUACACAAAGAGAGAAUAUAUAUUUAACAAGUAAAAUAUGUGAUAAAAAUGAAUUGUUAGGGAAAUUUCCGAAUGAAAGAAAUAUAUCAAAAGAUAAAUGUUUUUUAAAAAAAAUGAAUAAUAUAAAUAAUAAAAAAGAAGUUAAAAUAAAUAAUAAAAGAAAAAAUAUUACAAAAAGUUAUGUAAAUAAUAAUUGUAAAUUAAAUCAUCAUCAUCAUCAUCAUAAUAAUAAUAAUAUUAAAAAAAAUAAUGAAUAUAAAUGUACACAUAAAAAAGAAAAGUAUAUAUUCAAUACUUGUGAAAUUAAUUCAAUAAAAGUAAAUAAUAAUAUAUAUAUUUGUCAGUUUAAAGAUAAGUUAAAUAAAGUACAUAAACAUUUCUUUCCAAUAUAUAAAUAUGGAGAUGCGAGCACAGCAAAAAAUAGAGCACACAUGUUACAAUUACAUGUAUGUUCUUGUAUAUAUUGUCAAAAUGGUAUUUUGUGCAAUUUUGUUGAAUAUUAUAUGUUAUAA